AUGAACACUAUUUUAGUGGUAGGAUAAUACAAAAAUUUAUCAGAAGAAGACUUGAUCCAUUUGUUGCAAUAUUAAAAAUUUAUUGGAACUUGGAAAUCAGAAAUUACCUCAAUGGAUUAAUUCCACUAUCUAGAUUAUUAAGAAGGAUAAGCAGAAGUAAUAUUCAAUAACUACCUUGAAAUUUGUUUUUUAAAUCCUAAAUAUUAUGAAAAUAAGCAAGUUUAUUUAUCAUUUAGUCUCACAAAUUACAAUAAUUUUACAUAGUAAUAUUUUAAAAAACUUAUUUAAUAGAAGUUGGUCAGGUGAAAAAAAAUUCAGCUUGCAAUUUGGAACAUUUGCCAAAUUCUAAGGGCCUUACUUCUCUUGCAAAGGAAAUUUUUUAUUACAAGUUCUUUUUGAUUAAUCAUUUGCUGAUAUUAAAGACACAAAAGUCUAUAUAUUCCUAUAAAGCGAUGAUUGUUAUUUUAAUAUAUCUCUUUUAGCUGUAUCAGGAUAAGAGGAAGAAUAUAGAAAUACUUUGACAUUCAUGAUAAUAUCAAUAAUAUUAUCACUUAUUUAAAUAAUUGCUAGCAUAAUAUAAAUAAGAGUUAACUUGCCAGAUGGAUAUGAUGUAAAAUUUAAUCAUAAAAUUAUUCUAGAUUUCUUUUUUAGCUAAUCUAAUAAACUAUGAGUAUUAAAUGGAGAUAUUUUUCUUGAUCAUUUUUUCUAUGUCUUUACAUGAAGUAAAGCUCCAAUUAAAUUAAUUAGAGUUUUCAAUCAUUUUAUAUAGCUCCAAUAUUACUUUAAGCAGUAUCAGCUAUGAGCUGUUUUUUAAUUACUUGGAAAGCUUGGGAAAAAAAUAUAAAAUUUUAAUUUCUGCCUUGUUGUCAAGGUUUUUGUCAUUUUAUAAGUUUUUUCUUGAUAAUUAGUAAAUAUUGCUUUAAUCCAUAGGUUUAUUGAGUUAUUUCAGCCUAUUUUUUUUAUAUGAAUUUCAUUCUUAUUCAAUGCUCAAUUCAGCAUUUAUUUUAUAUCCAAUAAUAAUUAGGAAUAUUAGAUUAAAUAUUAUUGAGAGAUUUAGUAUAAUUUAUAUUUUUGGGUUUUUUUCAACAAAGACAUUUUAUUUUGUAUUCAUAUUAGAUUAAUAGUUAGUUUUAUUGUAGAGGUUACUCAGAAAAUUAAAUGAGUUUUUAACCAAAAUACUUAAUGGUUAUAUUAUAUUUAAUCAUUUAUUUGACAUCGAUUGCUCUUUUGUUAAUUUAAAAAAUAUUUGGCUCAAGAUCUUUAAUAUGCAUGAAUCGACGCAUGGUUAAUCCCAUAUAACAAUUGGAUGAUUAAAAUAUUGCUUAAGAUGAUGAAUAAAAAUAAGGAGAUAAUAAUUUUUUUAAAAUUGACAACAUAGUUGUAGAAGAUUUUGAAGCAUGUUCAAUAUGCCUUAAUCCUCUAAAUUCAAAUCAAACUCUAAAUGAUUCAUUAUCUCAGUCUUUUAUUGAAGGACCCCUAAUCUAAACUCCAUGUAAUCAUAUAUUUCAUUUAAAAUGCUUUAAGCAAUACAUUUAAUCAAGAAUAAACUUUUAAUAAAACAAUUGUCCUAUUUGCAGACAAUUAUUGCCAUAAUUCAAAUGA